AAUUAAGUACACUUUGCAGCCUUGUUGCUGCAGCCAUCUGAAACCCUAAAAUCUCAUCUUUCAUAGCUUCUCUCUUCAUUUUCCUUCACAGUGGAGUCGCCAUUACUUCCCUCUCCGCCGUUUUUGGAAUCUCCGGAGCGAGAGGCUACUGAGUCACUUCUAAGUCAAAUCUUGAAAUCAGCGUUCGCUUCAAAUGGCAAGUCCAGUGGAGUCACUAACUUCCAUUAGUUCAUCAGUCGCAACAUCAUCGACCAAACGCCGAAUUCAGAUUUUUCGCAAUGAGAUUCCUUCAAUUCUCAGUAAUUCUGAGAUGACCGCUGAAAUUGCUUCCCUGUUGGUAGAAGUAAUUUUCAGUACAACAUUUAUUUAUGAUGAUCGAGGAUCAAGGGCUGCAGUGGAUAAUGUGGUUAUCAAAGCAUUGGGUGAAACCUUUUUUAUGAAAGCUUUUGCUGGAACCCUUGUACAAUUCAUGGAAAAACAGUUCAAAUUCCAAUCCUAUAUAGGGUGCCACAGACUCUUAAGUUGGUCUUGUCUUCUCCUAACUAAUAGCCAGUUUCCCUCAGUAUCAAAGAACGCAGUGUGUCGACUAGCACAAGCGCAAGCAUCAAUCUUGCAUAUUGGUAUGCAAGGAUCGUCCCAUGUUAGACGGACCUGCAAGAAAAGCUUGUUCUUUUUGUUUUCAAAGGCACCAGAUAUUUACAGAACUUACAUGGAUGAACUAAGGGAUUCAAGGAUCACUUACAAGGAUUGUCCUGAGUUUAUACUCUUGAUGCUAGAAUUUUCAAGUGCAAAUCCACCUUCAUUUGAUCAAUGGAAGCAAAAUUUUCUUGAGAUGUAUGUUAAAGCUGUUCUAAAUGCAAGAGAAAAACCACCAAAGGGCCUCAGUGAUGCUUUCGUUCCAUUAUUUUCUCGUUUGACACAUGAAGAUUUUAAGAACACUGUCAUUCCCUCAUCUGUCAAGAUGUUGAAACGAAAUCCGGAGCUUGUCUUGGAAUCAGUUGGAAUCCUUCUGCAAUCUGCCAAACUUGAUUUGAGUAAAUAUGCUGUAGAGAUUCUUUCAGUGUUAUUGUCACAGGCGAGACAUGCAGAUGAAGAUAGAAGGAUUGCUGCUGUAUCCAUCGUAAGGUGCUUAAGCAUAAAAUCUAGCAGUCCAGAUGCUAUAGAAGCGAUGUUUAAUGCAGUCAAAUUGGUUAUUGGAGGUUCAGAAGGAAGGCUUACAUUUCCCUAUCAGAGAGUUGGCAUGAUAAAUGCACUGCGAGAAUUGUCAAAUGCCCCAGAAGGAAAACACCUUAACAGCUUGUCAAAGACUGUUUGUAAUUUCCUUUUGUCUUGUUACAAGGAUGAUGGUAAUGAAGAGGUCAAGCUUGCAUGUUUAUCUUGUUUGGCUACUUGGACUGCAAAAUGUGCUGAUGCAAUUCAGCCCGAUGUUAUAUCUCUCAUUGCAUCAGGCCUCAAAGAGAAGGAAGCACUUAGAAGAGGUCAUCUUCGCUGCCUGCGAGUAAUGUGCCAAAAUGCUGAUGCUCUUCCACAUAUGUCCCCUCUGCUGGCAGCUCUUAUACAACUUGUUAAAACUGGUUACACGAAAGCAGCACAACGGUUGGAUGGCAUCUAUGCAUUACUCUGUGUGGCAAAACUUGCUGCAGUGGAUGUUAAAGCAGAUGAGACUAUAAUAAAGGAGAAAAUUUGGUCAUUGGUAUCACAGAAUGAGCCGUCAGUGGUGACAAUUCCUCUGGCCUCAAAAUUAUCAAUCGAGGACUGUUUGGCUUGUCAUGACCUUUUUGAGGUGAUGCUUGUAGAUCAUUCACAAAGGGUAUUGGAGACUUUUGCAGUCAAGACGUUAAUGCAGUUCAUACUCUUUUUACUAUGCCAUCCAAAUUGGGAUAUCCGAAGAGCAGCUUAUAAUUCUACGAGGAGGAUACUUUCUGCUACCUCACAGUUAUCUGAAACUUUAAUGGUUGAGUUUUCGAGUUAUCUCUCUGUUGUUGGUGAAAAGGUUAUUCAAAUAAAGAUGAGCGAUACUGAAACUUUAGUGGAUGCUCAAGUUCCAUUUGUUCCAUCUGUUGAGGUUAUGGUCAAGGCUUUGAUUAUAAUGUCGUCUGCUACUUUGGCUGCUGCACCAAGAGCGUAUUUGCAAGUUGUAUUUUGCUCGCACCAUCCAUGCCUAAUUGGAACAGCUAAAAGAAAUUCUGUGUGGAGGAGGGUGCAAAAAUGUUUGCAUAAACAUGGUAUUGAUGCCAUUGGUCUUGUCACAACUAAUGUGGUUGGUUUGUGCAAGGGUUUGUUGGGACCGACGGGUCUGAUGAGUGAUAAUCAUUUUGCGCAAGAAGCAGCAAUUAACUCCUUAUCAACUUUGAUGUCCAUGUUACCUGGAGAAACCUACAUGGAGUUCGAGAAGUACUUCAACGAUCUUCCAGACCGUUUGGCACAUGAUAUGUUAUCUGAAAAUGACAUUCAGAUAUUUCAAACUCCUGAAGGAAUGCUUUCGACUGAACAAGGUGUUUACAUUGCUGAAUCUGUUGCAACUAAGAACACAAAACAACCAAAAGGCCGUUUUAGGCUUUAUGAUGACAGUGAUGGCCCUGACCAAGUAAGUUCUAAUCACACUGCAAGGCGUGAGCCCUCUAGCAAAGAGGUUACUGGAGUUGGGAAAAAAGAUGGUGGAAAAUCAUCAAAGAAAGCUGAUAAAGAUAAGGGAAAAAGUGCAAAGGAAGAGGCACGUGAGGUGCAGCUAAGGGAGGAAGCAUAUAUACGUGGAAAGGUCACGGUUGUAAAAAAGAACCUUUCGUCAAUAUUGAAAGCCUUGGGAGAAAUGGCCAUAGCUAAUCCUGUCUUCACUCACAGUCAGCUACCUUCCUUGGUGAAGUUUAUCAAUCCUCUACUACGGUCACCAAUAGUUGGUGAUGUGGCGUAUGGAACCCUGGUGAAGCUUUCAAAGUGUACUGCUACUCCACUUUGUAACUGGGCUCUUGAAAUUGCAACAGCCUUAAGGUUAAUUAUGUCAGAGGAUGUUAAUGUCUUAUGGGGUAAAAUUCCUUCUGCUGGUGAGGAGGUAUCAAAUGAAAAGCCUGGUCUCUUUGAGCGUGUAACAAACGGCUUAUCCAUUUCUUGCAAAACUGGGGCUCUCCCUGUGGAUUCGUUUACUUUUGUUUUCCCUAUAAUGGAAAGAAUAUUGUUAUCUCCCAAGAAGACCAAACUUCAUGAUGAUGUUCUCAAGAUAAUAUUCUUGCAUUUGGAUUCGUUUUUACCUCUACCUAGAGUUCAAAUGCUCUCAGUUCUUUAUCAUGUCCUGGGUGUUGUUCCUGCUUAUCAAGCAUCUAUUGGACCGGCAUUAAAUGAGUUAUGCCUUGGGCUGCAACCAGCUGAAGUGGCACCUGCUUUAUGUGGUAUUUAUGCUAAAGACAUCCAUGUUAGAAUGGCUUGCUUAAAUGCUGUGAAAUGCAUUCCUGCUCUGGCUAGUCAUUCUGUCCCUCAAAGUAGUGAAAUUGCCACUCGCAUCUGGCUUGCUUUACAUGAUCCCGAAAAGUGUGUUGCUGAAGCUGCUGAAGACAUCUGGGAUCAUUACGGGUAUGACUUAGGAACAGAUUACUCUGGCAUUUUCAAAGCUCUUUCCCAUGCUAAUUAUAAUGUGCGAGUGGCUGGCGCUGAGGCCUUGGCUGCUGCUUUAGAUGAAAGUCCAGAUACGAUACAGGAAUGUCUUUCAACUUUAUUUUCUUUGUACAUCCGUGAUGUUGGUUCUGGUGAAGACACCAUUGAUUUUGGAUGGAUAGGCAGACAAGGAAUAGCAUUGGCUCUACUUUCUGUGGCGGAUGUUCUUAGAGCAAAAGACCUUCCUGUUGUUAUGACAUUCCUAAUUUCAAGGGCACUGGCAGAUCCUAAUGCAGAUGUUAGAGGAAGAAUGAUCAAUGCUGGCAUAGUUAUUAUUGACAAACAUGGAAGAGAUAAUGUCUCAUUGCUAUUCCCUAUUUUCGAAAACUACUUGAACAAAAAGGCUUCAGAUGAGGAGAAAUAUGAUCUGGUCCGUGAAGGUGUGGUAAUAUUUACUGGAGCUUUGGCAAAGCAUUUGGCCACGGAUGACCCUAAGGUUCACACAGUUGUAGAGAAGUUGCUGGAUGUACUGAAUACUCCGUCUGAAGCUGUUCAGCGAGCUGUCGCUACCUGCCUUUCUCCACUUAUGCAAGCAAAGCAGGAGGAUGCACCAUCUCUGGUUUCUAGGCUUUUGGAUCAGCUAAUGAAGAGUGAAAAAUACGGAGAGCGUCGUGGUGCAGCAUUUGGACUUGCAGGGCUGGUUAAGGGAUUUGGAAUAUCUUGCCUGAAGAAAUAUGGCAUUGUAGCAGCACUACAUGAAGGUUUUGCUGACAGGAAUUCGGCUAAGAGCCGUGAAGGAGCACUGCUUGCAUUUGAAUGCUUCUGUGAGAAGCUUGGGAAGUUGUUUGAACCGUAUGUAAUUCAAAUGUUACCGUUCCUCUUGGUUUCUUUCUCUGAUCAAGUGGUUGCGGUGCGUGAUGCUGCUGAAUGUGCUGCUCGGGCAAUGAUGUCUCAGCUUAGUGCUCAAGGAGUGAAAUUAAUUCUUCCAUCACUUUUAAAGGGCCUUGAAGAUAAGGCUUGGAGAACCAAGCAGAGUAGUGUACAACUUCUUGGUGCCAUGGCCUAUUGUGCUCCACAACAAUUGUCACAAUGUCUCCCUAAGAUUGUGCCCAAGUUAACCGAGGUGCUUACUGACACUCAUCCCAAGGUUCAAUCAGCUGGACAGACAGCUCUUCAACAGGUUGGGAGUGUUAUAAAGAACCCUGAGAUAUCUGCACUUGUCCCUACUCUUCUAAUGGGUCUUUCAGAUCCUAAUGAGUAUACAAAAUACUCCCUUGAUAUUCUCCUCCAGACAACCUUUGUGAAUUCAAUUGAUGCUCCUUCUCUCGCGCUGCUGGUACCAAUUGUACACCGAGGGCUUCGUGAAAGGAGCGCUGAGACUAAGAAGAAAGCUGCACAAAUUGCUGGAAAUAUGUGUUCAUUAGUGACUGAGCCUAAGGACAUGGUACCCUACAUAGGACUACUGCUCCCUGAAGUUAAGAAGGUACUUGUAGAUCCAAUUCCUGAAGUUCGAUCUGUUGCUGCAAGAGCUAUUGGUUCUCUUAUACGGGGUAUGGGAGAAGAAAAUUUCCCAGACCUGGUGCCUUGGUUGUUGGAUACUUUGAAGUCUGAUGGAAACAAUGUUGCGCGUUCUGGGGCAGCACAGGGACUUAGUGAGGUAUUGGCUGCAUUAGGAAUGGAGUACUUUGAGAACAUACUUCCUGAUAUAGUACGAAAUUGUUCUCAUCAAAAGGCAUCAGUACGUGAUGGGCACUUGGCACUCUUUAGGUAUCUGCCAAGAUCUUUAGGUGUGCAAUUCCAGAACUAUUUGCAGCAAGUUCUUCCAGCUAUCUUAGAUGGUUUGGCCGAUGAGAAUGAAUCUGUGCGUGAAGCAGCACUCAGCGCUGGCCAUGUUCUGGUGGAGCACUAUGCAACUACAUCUUUGCCUCUGCUUCUUCCGGCUGUGGAAGAAGGUAUUUUCAAUGAUAACUGGCGUAUCAGGCAGAGUUCUGUAGAGUUGCUGGGUGACCUUCUGUUCAAGGUUGCUGGAACAUCUGGAAAAGCACAUCUUGAGGGUGGUAGUGAUGAUGAGGGUGCCAGUACUGAGGCUCAAGGACGAGCUAUUAUUGAGGUACUCGGGAGGGACAAGCGUAAUGAAAUCCUUGCCGCAUUGUAUAUGGUCCGAACCGAUGUCAGCAUAACCGUACGCCAGGCUGCUUUGCAUGUUUGGAAGACCAUUGUUGCAAAUACCCCGAAAACGUUGAAGGAGAUAAUGCCUGUACUGAUGAGCACAUUGAUAAGUUCUCUAGCAUCUUCAUCCUCUGAAAGGAGACAGGUUGCUGGACGAGCAUUGGGUGAGCUUGUUAGGAAGCUUGGAGAAAGAGUCCUUCCUUUGAUUAUCCCAAUAUUGUCACGGGGUCUAAAAGAUCCUAAUCCAAGUAGAAGACAAGGUGUCUGCAUCGGUCUAAGUGAAGUAAUGGCCAGUGCUGGCAGGAGUCAAUUAUUGAGUUAUAUGGACGAGCUUAUCCCCACAAUUCGGACAGCACUUUGUGAUAGUACGGGCGAGGUUCGGGAAUCAGCAGGCCUGGCAUUUAGUACUCUUUACAAGAAUGCUGGAAUGCAAGCAAUCGAUGAGAUUGUUCCAACACUUCUUCAUGCACUGGAGGAUGAGGAUACCUCAGAUACUGCUCUGGAUGGCUUAAAACAAAUUCUGAGUGUCAGGACCGCAGCUGUGCUGCCACACAUCCUCCCAAAGCUCGUUCAUCUUCCACUUUCUGCCUUCAAUGCUCAUGCUUUGGGAGCUUUAGCGGAAGUUGCAGGACCUGGUCUUGGUUCCCACCUUAGUACUAUCCUUCCUGCUUUACUGAAUGCAAUGGGUUAUACCGACAUGGAAAUUCAAAGUUUAGCAAAGAAGGCAGCAGAAACUGUUGUGUCAGUUAUUGACGAAGAAGGCAUGGAGUCUUUGUUGUCAGAACUACUGAAAGGAGUUGGCGAUAAUCAGGCAUCGAUUAGACAAAGCUCAGCAUAUCUUAUCGGGUACCUGUUCAAAAAUAGCGACUUAUAUCUUGGUGAUGAAGCUCCAAACAUGAUAUCCAGCCUCAUUAUAUUGCUUAGUGAUCCAGAUUCUGAUACUGUGGUGGUUGCAUGGCAAGCUUUGUCUAAUGUUGUUAGUUCAGUACCUAAAGAGGUUCUUCCAACAUAUAUCAAGUUGGUUCGUGAUGCUGUAUCUACUUCAAGAGAUAAGGAGCGUAGAAAGAAAAAGGGAGGACCAGUUCUUAUACCUGGAUUUUGUCUUCCGAAAGCUCUUCAGCCAUUGCUUCCUGUUUUUCUCCAGGGUCUCAUAAGUGGAUCCGCAGAACUAAGGGAGCAAGCAGCUUUAGGUCUUGGGGAGUUAAUUGAAGUGACAGGCGAGAAAACACUCAAGGAGUUUGUGAUUCCUAUCACAGGGCCCUUGAUUCGUAUUAUAGGUGACAGAUUUCCUUGGCAAGUAAAGAGUGCAAUUCUGUCUACUCUGAGCAUCAUAAUUCGAAGGGGAGGAAUAGCCCUAAAGCCCUUUCUUCCCCAACUUCAAACAACAUUUGUCAAGUGCCUACAGGAUAACACAAGGACAAUACGAUCAAGUGCUGCUCUUGCGCUUGGGAAGCUUAGUGCUCUCAGUACCAGGGUUGAUCCUUUAGUUGGUGAUCUGUUAACUGGUGUGCAGACAUCAGAUACUGGAAUUCGUGAGGCUACUCUAACUGCUUUGAAAGGUGUGAUUAAGCAUGCUGGUGGAAGUGUCAGCAUUGCCUCUAGAACACGUGUCUACACCCUACUGAAGGAUUUAAUACACAAUGAUGAUGACCAGAUAAGAAAUUCUGCUGCAAGUAUACUGGGAAUUGUUUCACAGUACCUGGAAGAUGGACAAGUUGUUGAAUUACUUGAUGGGCUGUCAAAAUCAGCUUCAUCAUCUAACUGGUGCUCAAGGCAUGGAGCAGUACUUACUAUUUGUUCAAUGCUUAAGCACAAUCCUGAUAUAAUUUGUGCUUCUUCGUCAUUCCCAUUGAUCGUAAAGUGCCUCAAAAUCACCUUAAAUGAUGAAAAGUUUCCUGUUCGUGAAACAUCAACAAGAGCUUUGGGAUUGCUUUUAUGUCAACAAAUUCAGAGUGAUCCUACAAAUGCUACUUCACAUGUGGAAACGCUGGGAUCCAUAGUGUUGGCUAUGCAGGAUGAUUCAAGUGAAGUCAGAAGACAGGCAUUAUCUGCAUUGAAGGCAGUUUCAAAAGCCAAUCCUGGUGCCAUUGCCAUCCAUGUUUCAAAAUUUGGCCCUGUUCUGGCUGACUGUUUGAAGGAUGGAAAUACACCUGUGAGACUUGCUGCAGAGAGAUGUGCCCUGCAUGCCUUUCAAUUGGCAAAAGGUACAGAAAAUGUUCAAGCUGCACAGAAGUUUAUUACUGGAUUGGAUGCUAGACGAAUAGCAAAGCUCCCUGAACACAGUGAUGAGAGUGGAGAUAGCGAUAAUGAUGCCUCAAGUGGCUGACGAGCUUAUGAUUGUAAAACACUUUUUUGCCUUCAAAGUAGUUAUCCUCAAGGUCGGUGAGACAUGUUAGAAGCGGAAGUUCUGCUUGAGAUUUAAUAUUUAUAGUAACCAUCAUACAUAUAGAUGCCUAGGCAAAUAAGGAUGAGUUUGAUAUCUGCCAAAUUUUUGACUCCGGGUAGAUUGUGCUUCCCAUAUCUUUUGUAGUUGUGUAUUAUUGAGAUUGAAUUGCCUUUGAGAAAGGCAGGGAGCUCACAUUCAUGUAUAAAUUUUGUAAAUUUUCUCCACAUAUAGGAAAUUACUGUUUUUAUUUA